AUGCAGCAAGGUCGUCGCACGGCCAGCCUGAAGGCCUCUUACGAGGCCAUCAACAGUGCCGGCGGUGGACACGGCGGCGGCGGCCACGAGUACGGCAUCGGCAGAGAAUUGGCGGGCGCCGCGCAGACCGCCAUCCAGGCCAUCCAACAGGAUCACGCCAACAACAAGAAGAAACAAAACACCUCCAACUCGUCCCUAUCGGGGGCGACAGGGGCGGCGUCGGCGACGGGGGCGGCCUCGGGCACGACCGCCCCCGUCUCCCCCGCCCUCGAUGCCGCCGCCCUUACGCCCGCCUCUGGAGCAGCCGCCGAAGUGACGGACGGCGAAUGGACGUACGACCCGAACGAGCCGCGGUACUGCCUCUGCAACCAGGUGUCCUACGGGGAUAUGGAUGAGGGAAUUACAUCGUAA